AGGGGUAAAUGUCCGCCAAUAAGUGUCCGUGUUUGAACAACCCGGAAAGGGACCGCGCGGCGUUCACUCUGCUCUCCGCCGCCUCGGACCGUCCUCUUCACCCAUGUUUGUGCGGUGGCUGCUGCCUGUGCUCCUGGCGCUGUCCGCAGAGGCCAACUUCUUCCAAUUCGGAAGCAUUUCAAAUGCUUCCACUUACUAUUUUAAUUACAUCUAUUGCAAUAUAUGGGAGGGGGAGUGCCAGCCCAACCAGGACGAUGCAACACAGCAGGCAGUUCCCACCAGCGACCUUUGGGCGGGUUUUUCUCACGACUACAGCAGCCUGCUCCAUCAGUGGUACUGUAGCCUGGGCCAGUGCUGCGACUCUGGAGACUGCAGGAUAACCAACAACAUCUCAGGUCUGGCGAGGGACCUCAAGACCAAGCUCCACGGGCAGCACCUGGUCCAGUCUGUGGUUCUGAAAGCCAUCCAGGGUUUCAUCAACAACCCGGAGUCCAACAAGCCACUGACACUCUCCUUCCAUGGCUGGUCUGGCACGGGCAAGAACUUUGUGGCCCGGAUCAUCGCCGACAACCUUUACCGGGACGGGGUGAAGAGCGAGUGUGUCAGGCUCUUCAUCGCCCCGUUCCACUUCCCGCACGCCAGGCUGGUGGACACGUACAAGGGCCAGCUGAGGGAGGCGAUCCGCGACAUGGUGCUGCGCUGCCCUCAGACUCUCUUCAUCUUCGACGAGGCUGAGAAGCUUCACCCGGGCCUCAUUGAUGCCAUCAAACCCUACAUGGAUCACUAUGACAACGUUGAUGGAGUCAGCUACCGCAGAGCCAUCUUCCUCUUCCUCAGUAAUAUCGGUGGAGCUACGAUCAAUGACGUCGCACUGGACUUCUGGCACUCGGGUCAAAAUCGAGAGGAUAUCGGCAUGGAAGACCUGGAGCAUCGUCUGCGGGCUGAAACUAUGGAGUCUCAUGGUGGGUUCGCUCAGAGUGAACUGAUGUCCGGCCACCUGAUCGACUUCUUCGUACCAUUCCUGCCUCUGGAGUACCGCCACGUCAAGCUCUGUGCGCUGGACGCCUACACAGCACGAGGUCUGGAGACCGAUGAAGCUACGCUGGAUGAGGUUGCCAAGGCGAUGCUGUACGUCCCCAAAGAGGAGAGACUGUUCUCAGCUCAGGGAUGCAAGUCCAUCCCCCAGCGGAUCAACUUCUUUCUCCCUUAGGAGGGAGCGACAGACAGACAGAGACCUGGAAGGGAUGUGAGAUUGAUUUACCAACCCAUGUACGCACAGAGCCACAGGGAUGUGUCCUCGCUGCUCGGCUCCACGUACUCUCCCCCCCACACACACACACUCCCCCACUCCCCCCACAGAUACCAACACGUGUCUGUCCAGGUCCCUCAGAAGGCCAGAAAGCAGGACUGAUCCUGUAUAAGAGGGGGAAGCAGCUUGAGUCGCCCUGCAGACACGAGCAGCGCCACACGGUCGUCAUGCGCAGUGUGGCUGCUCCUCUUCACCUGCCUGCUUUGAAUCCUCGCUGUAUCAAAAUGCAGUAUUACACAGUACUAGUGGUUUUGAAGUGUCGUGGAGAUUGAGUGAUACAUUUUUGUCUCGCUAUUCUUUUUUUCUUCUUUAGCAAAAGUGGUAUUCUUACUGUUUUUUUAAAGUUUAGUUUCAUACUUUGUGUGCCAGCUUUGGCCUGUAAGACAUAGUGCUAAAUGUGCACGUAUUAUUUAUUGAUAUUAGUUGUGAUGUAGUUCAACAUCUUUUUGUCGAUUAGGUUGAAUGAACGUUUGAUGGGAGCCGGUGUUAUGCGUAAAUAUUAAAAGAAAAAUAUAGUGCGCCUGUAUAACGGUGAACGUACAUGGCACUGGGAUGCAAAUGUUACUGAAAAUGUGAGUACACGCCUCAAAAGCAACGACUGAAGGAUUAAUUGUUUUCGUAAAUGAUUUAAUAACCGUGCUUUUAAUAUAUUUUUAAUAGGUUGUUACUAUUGUGUCACAUGUCUUGUGUCAUUAAUUCAUUUUGCUCAUACAUUGUUCUUGUUGACUUGUUUUAAUGCUUUCACAUAAUCUCACAGGGGUUUGAGGUGGUCUGCUUUAGUGCUUUUCAGUGCCAAAGCUCAGGAUCACGUCACAAGAACAUGAAAAGAAAUGUCGGAAAUGGGAUUUUAUGAAAAUAAACACUGUAAACUGACAAA